AGAUGGCUCACCCCACAACGUCAAGAAAAAUCGAAUAAUACUUUCAGUGCUAAGUGCUCAAAUCUUCGAUGACUUAUUGAAGCAUAUGAUCCUCAUUUCAACAUACAAAAGAAAUUAGCAAUGGAUAUGUUUAAUAAACUAAGGAGUGCAGUGACUAGUGCUUUACCAGGAAACCCCUUGUCUAAAGAUUUUGAUGUGUUAAAUCAUAUAGCCAGUGGUGGUCCUGGGCUUGUCUGGAAAAUUUAUAAUGCUAUCAAGAAAACUACCAAACAGGAGGCUGCUGUUUUUGUAUUUGAAAAAAAAUUACUGGAGAAAUAUUCUCGAAGAGACAAAGAACUGAUUGUAGAGACACUUAAGAAAGGCAUAUCACAACUGACAAGAUUGAGACAUCCUAAAAUAUUGUCAGUUUUACAUCCAUUAGAAGAAUCAAGGGAAACUUUAGCCUUUGCUACAGAACCAGUGUUCUCCUGUUUAGCCAAUGUAUUGAAUAAGCAUGAUAAUAUGCCAACUCCAUUACCUGCAGACUUCAAAGACUAUAAAUUGUAUGAGGUUGAGAUCAAACAUGGCUUGCUACAGCUUGCAGAAGGACUGGCGUUUUUACAUAAUGAUGUGAAGAUGGUUCAUUGUAAUAUAUGUCCAGAAUCUAUCAUUAUAAACAAGAAUGGAUCAUGGAAGAUAGCAGGAUUUGAUUGUUGUAUUCCCAAUAGUAAUCAACAAUCUGACCCCUCUUUUGCCAAUGCUGAGCCAACCUUCCCCUACAGAGAAUGGGAUCCAGAUUUCCCCUCAAUGAUCCAGCCCUGUUUAGAUUACCUUGCCCCAGAGUUUGCCCUAACUAUGACCUGUUGUAGAGGAUCAGACAUGUUUUCUAUAGGAGUACUUAUCCAUGCUAUCUUUAACUAUGGGAAACCUCUGUAUGAGUGUAAUAAUCAACUCUCCAUGUUCAAGAAAUAUUCUGAAGAGCUGAGAAAGUUUAGAUCAUCAUUGCUGGGUAAUGUCCCAGUAGAGUUACAUGAGUAUGUUAAAUUAUUAUUGAAUACAGAGCCAUCUGUCAGGCCAGAUUCUGACCAACUGACCAAGAUUCCAUAUUUUGAGGAUGUUGGUUCUAUGACAUUACAGUUUAUGGAUACUUUGUUCCAAAGAGACAAUCUGCAGAAAUCACACUUCUUCAAAGGAUUACCUAAAAUUAUAGAAAAACUGCCAAAGAGAGUAAAUUUACAGCGAAUAUUACCAGCGUUAACUAAAGAAUGUGUGAAUGCAGAUAUGAUUCCAUUUGUCUUACCCAGUAUCUUACUAAUGGCAGAGCAAGUGACAGAAAAAGAAUACAUGAUGUUUAUAUUUCCAGAACUUAAACCUAUGUUUAAAAUCAAGGAACCAAUUCAGAUAUUACUCCUGUUUAUGCAAAAUAUGAACCUAUUAUUAAAGAAAACUCCUCAAUCAGAGAUUAGAAACCAUGUUCUGCCAAUGAUUUAUCAGGCUUUAGAUCAGAAUAGUCCACAGUUACAGGAAAUUUGUUUAAACAUCAUUCCAACAUUUGCUGAGUUAAUAGACUUCUCUUCACUGAAGUCCCACAUAUUGCCAAGGAUUAAAAAGAUUUGUUUAGGAACAUCAACACUUAAGAUUAGAGUUCAUUGUCUAUUAUGUGUAGGUAAACUGUUAGAAUACAUGGAUAAAUGGACUGUGUUAGAUGAUAUACUACCAUUCCUUCCUCAAGUACCUUCCAAAGAACCAGCUGUUUUAAUGAGUAUAUUAGGCAUUUAUCAGGUUACCAUGACUCAUGCUAAGUUGGGGAUAACAAAAGACAUAAUGGCUUCUAAAGUCUUGCCCUUCCUGAUACCACUCAGUAUAGAUAAUAAUAUAAAUCUGUCGCAGUUUAAUGCAUUUUUUGGUGUAAUUAAAGAAAUGAUGACAAAAGUGGAACAAGAACAUAGAAAUAAACUUGAACAGUUGGACCAAAUGAAAAAAGAACAUAGUGAAAAUGAAGAACAAAUACUACAGAGUAUGAAAAGUACUGUAGAAAUCACCCAACUGACUGGUAAAGAACAACAACAGCUAGUUGGUAAUGUUGGUAAAGGACCUCAAUCUAUGAUGGAUAAAUUCCUCAGUGGAUUUGGUAUGAGUGGAUUAAUGAAUGCCAAAGCUGGAGGAGGGGGAGACAACUCUUCUACAGCCUCACCGGUAGAUAGUAGAUCUAACUCACCCAAACCACCAUCAUCUUCAUCUCCAUCUCCACAGUCAGCUAAGGAUCAGGACAGAGUUAUUAGGAGCAGGGUACUUUCAAUGGAAGAAAAGCAAAGAUUGGCCAAAGAACAAGAACAGCAAAGAAACUUUAAGGCACAAACACCACUUACCAUGACAACAGAUAAACCUGCCCAAAGUAGACAGCAGACGCCCAAACCGACCAAUCAAGUUAAAGAUCUGACAUCUUCAUUAAUGAAUGCUAACUUAAGGGGAAUGCAAACAUCUCCUAAAACUGUUUCAAAUUAUCAACAAAUGGGUCAAAGUUCAUCUAAUUAUAAUACAACUGGUUCAGUGACUUCAAAUUAUAGUGUAGCUGGACAAAGUGGUAAUAGGCCGAAUUAUACAGGUGGUGGAAUGAUGGGUAAUAUGACUCCUUCAGUAGGUCAAGGUCGGGGAAGUAGUGGUCAGUUUGGAGGGCAAGGUCAACAGACAACACAAAAAAUGGAUCUUUCAGCAUUUGACAGUUUACUGCCAACGUCAGGACAACCGAAACCUACUAUUAACCAAAUGUCAUCACCCGCCAGACAAACCAAUCCAAACAAUAUGAAUUAUAAUCCUCAAAAUUCAAUGAUGGGUGGAAAUGUAAAUGCAUAUGGUGGUAAUUUUAAUUCUAGUUCAAAUACUUACGGGCAGUUUCAAUCUCCUGGAAUGCCAAACAUGCAAACAGGGAUUAUGGGAUAUAGUGGACAGACUAUGGGAGGAAGUGCAAUGUUUAACAAUCAACCAAUCAAUUCAAUGAAUGGUCAAAAUUCAUUUGGUUUACAGCCAAUGGGAUCACAGCAAUUUACACAAACACAACCUACUAAAAAAUUAGGUCAAAGUGACCUUGAUGAUCUGCUAGGUUAAAUUUUAUGCUAUUAUUUGUUAAGUUUUAUUUAUUCUUAUGUAUGCUUGUUUUAAUAUCAUAUUAUGUUUUGUGAUGAACAGUAACUGUGAUUGAGAGAUUAUUAUUAAAUAUAUCUAGACUGCAAGGCGGUUUACCUUGAUGAACUGUCUGUUUUUUGUCAAAAAAUGUUCAAGCAAUAUUUGUAUAAGGCAGUAGGCACCAGCCAUUCAUCUUUAUUGGAUAGGGGCAUGGUUGUUUUAUUUUUUGAUAAUUUGUUUGGUUUUUUAUUUAUUGAAUAACAAAAUAACAUUCAUUUGUUUCAGCAGGGAAAUAAAUUCAACAUAGAGUUUCCUUAAAAAAAAUAUCACUGUUCUUCUCUGGUAUUGAAAGAUGUUUCUUUUCUAAAAAUGUUAAAAAAAAAUCCUGAGACAAAAACAACCUCUCAUAAAGAUGUCCGGUUAAGGUGGUACCUAACACUACAGGGAGAUAACUCUGUAAAAUCAGCAGAAUGUUUUAAUGACGUUGUGUUGUUACAGGAAUAUUAAGCUUCUCAAUGAUCAAAUUAAGCUUUUGUCAAACUGCUAUAUAACCAGUGUAAUUUUUCUGAUUAAACGGUUGGUUCAAAUUUUUUGAUAUUUUGAUAUUUUUGUCAAAGGGUCAAAGUAAAUACUUUGUCAAA